AUGGAGACAAGGAGAAAAGUGAGAAGGAUCAUAAAACUGGAGAAUGAGGACUCUCGACUCGCUGAGACCAUAAUACAUGAGCAUGUAGAGAAGCAGCGGUUGCGAUUGCAGCAGGAGGAACUGGCUCAGAGACAGGCUGAGGCCAGAGACAAAUUAAGUGCUGAGGUGACGCGUGAACUCAAGCAGAAGAGAGAGCAGCAACUUCUGCAGAUCCAUCUGGUGCAAGAACAGAUGAAGACACGCCACCAAUGUGGGCUGGAGUCAGAGUGCAGGAAGGCCCAGCAAAGGUGGCGGCGGACGGAAAAGUGUGCUCAGAACAAUAAGCGCCUUCUGGAGGAACGGCAUAAAAGUCAGGCGCAGGAGGAGAGAGAGACCCAGAAGGAGACAAAACAGGAAGAGUACGAGGAGCAAGUGGAGAUGGCCAUCCAUAGAGCUUCCAUGGAAAACCGUAUCGCUCUUCCUCUGUGGGGCCAAAGAAACGGUGAAGUCGAUAAUCGCCUUCACUUCUACAAGGACGGACAAGGCUUCAUCGUGAACUCCAAGAGAAAGUUUGAGCCUCGUCAGUCUUUAAUUUUGACCGAUGAGACGCCCAAAAAACAGGUGACAGUACCUCAAGGCAACACCUCUCCAAAACCAAAGAGUGUGAAACGACUUGGAUUAAAACUGGAGAUGGCCCUUCUUUAUCAGUCAGAUUACAUCACCUCCAGCCACGAUGAUACCUCUCCUCUCUCUCCAUGUGACAAGCUUUCACUGUGGGCACAAAACCAGGCCAUGUGCUCUGAUGUCCCGUCUGCCAAAAUAACUCAGCAGUUUCUCAUACAGCUGGUGAGUGCGGAGAGGCAGCCCCGCCCUGUGGACCCGGAGCCCGGGCCAAUGGCUGAGCGCAGGGAGGCGCUGCUUCUCCGGGAUCACGCCAUGAUUUACGCACGGUUUACACCGGUGACGAAGCGAUAUACUCUGGAGCAGUCCAACCGGGAGACACCGGCUAUCAGCAACUGUGUAGGGAAGUACAGUGGACACAAUUAA